UGUCUUCGACUCGGGACAUUCAUGCAAAACCAAAAAAGAAACCUUCAAUAAUAGCACUCUUUUGAGCUAAGUUUGAUAACCUUCUCCGGCAGCUCCUCCACGGCAUGGGCGUAUCCCCCCACCGCUACUGCCGCCGUCGCCGCCUCCACCACCACAUCGUAGCUGUCUUAACCUUUCUCUUAUUUGCUUCCGCUUCAGUCAGAACUCUUUCUCAACUCGAAAGCGGGUUCCGGGAGAGAGAAGGGAGCAAGAAGAGAUGUGGGUCGGGGGUGGUGGACCGGUUCUUGUCUCAGAAAAAACUCAUUGGCCUGGGUUCUCAACCACCUUCUUGUAGAUCCAACUGUGGGAGUUGCUCGCCAUGUAAACCGGUUCACAUCCCGAUUCAACCUGGCUUGAUGAUGCCGCUCCAGUACUACCCUGAAGCGUGGCGUUGCAGGUGUGGCAACAAGAUUUUCAUGCCCUAAAAACAAAUGACCACGUGAUAAUAAUACACUGAAAUCUAUGACUUGUUUUUCUUCUCAGCAAAUAAACAAAAGCUGUUUUGGUUAACUUACAUCGUUGGUUGUUUUUCUAUGUUAAUUAU